GAGUGCCGGUUUCUCAAUCCAAAUAAGAAGUCUUGGGGCGGCAGCUUUCUUUCCAAUCUGCUGGAAGUUGCCUUCUCUCGUCGUCACGUAAAAACCUUGGCGCACCCGACCAAAGGACGACGAUAGUCUCUCCUUGACCACACUCUUUCGCUUCGAGGCAACAAAACAACACAGUCACUCUCUAAUUCUUUCGGCAUUUGCUGGCUCCUGCUGCUCACUAUCAAUCUGUGAAUACAACUCGUGUGCUUCUCGCAAACGACUCCCAACGCCGCCCUCAAUCAAGACCACACCGACCCUCGUCAACAUGCACCAGUCUGUGCUCCUCGCCACCGCCGCCAUGGCCGGCCUGUCUGCCGCCCAGGUCGUGACGAUGCAUCUGCCCGCCUGGGGAGACGGUAGCAAGGCCCUCGGCUCUGUCAUCAGCUCGGGCAAGGACAAGGCGACCUAUUCCAUGACCUGCGCCGACACCGCCACCACGGCCUUUUGCCCGUUUGGCAAGAACUUCCACGUCACCUCGGCCCCCUCAACCAUCAUCUUCUCGCAGACCAUGCAGCUCGAGGGAUCCCUGGCCGCAUCCGGAUCCGUCGUAUCUGCUUCCGAGGUUCUGGACAUCACCUGCUCGUCGACCAACGACGCGACCCUGUCGUGCACGGGCGCCAUGAAGCUCAUGUCGGGCUCCUCAACCGUCACCUCCACCACGAUCGAGGACACCGCCACCGACGCCACCUCGUUCCUCGUCGCCGUCACCAUGACCGACAGGCUCCCCGGCGCCACCGGCGCCGCAGCCCCCGCCCCGACCGGUACGGGCGGCUCCAACAACCCCGCGUCCACGGCCUCCAGCACCAGCCGCAAUGCCGGGCCCAGGGCGACCCAGAACGCCGUACUCGCCGGCGUCGCCGCCCUUGUAGGCGGCGCGGCGAUGCUGUGAGCACCUUGGUCUAGCGGCUAGGAGAGAGUGAGGGGGAGUGAGGAGAGUGGAACGCCUCGUUGCACACCGGUAGCGUGGGUGGAAUCGACUCGACUUUCUCGACCAACCGACAGUGCUGCCAAAGAGUUUUGUUCUUCCGUACCUAGGCCUUCAUAGUUCUGCCUAUCUGCAAGGUUUUGCAAUCGCUAUCUUCAGACUGGGCAUAAAUGCGGGACUUUGGGGAGAUGCAGUUAUGAACGGCUCGGCUUAUCGUUAGACCACCUGAUCGAGGACGACUUGCCAUUGCCUCGCAAUGACCCUUCGGGGACUGGCUGUACAUAAAUAGGUAAACAUCAGGAGCGUAGAAAAAGUUCCACAUAAUAUAUAGACGCAUAUUUGAGCA